UUAUAAGACACCGCUUUGCCCAGCCUCACCCCGCCUUCUUGGAGUACUCACUUACAUCUAAAAAACGAACAAGCAAUCGUCCAUAUUGCCCAGACCACUCAGGACUACAUCUACAAGCAGUUGUGCAAAUUGCAAAACACAAAGACUUUCACAUCAACACACAGCACCCACAGAUCAAUAUGGAGACCAUUAACAACAUCGCGGGCGCGGCGAGCAAGGCCAUUUGGGGAACGAACGAAGCCAACCAAGAGCCUGUAUCUGGCGUCAAGGGCAACACUAACCAGGGUGAACCGUAUGACGCUGGCAAUAUCGAAGACCCCUCGAACAAGGAGAAGAAGGCUAACGUGGCUGAUGCUCAUACCACUGAGCCGGCGACUGGAUCAACAGCAACCACGACUACUGGGCUUUCUACUACCACUGCCCCAACCACAAGCACUGGUACGACUGGUACGACUGGUACGACUGGUAUGACUGGCCCUGAGACUGGAAACGAGCACAGCUUGAUCGACAGAUCGCGUGCUACCGAGGAAUCCACGACGCACAAGGCGACAGAGGAGCUGUCCCCGAAGCACAAGGAAGAAAUCGGCAAGCCCGAGCUCAAGCACACAUCACCCAACGAGGUCCCCUCGGCCGACAGCGCCGCAGGAAAGACUGAGACGCGCGCCCCCAGUGAUCCGGCGACCGACCCUGUACCCAAGGGACAAGACGUCAACAACAGCGCGUCCGGUCCGACUAGUGGUGGUGAUAAGCUUGACGGCCCGGGCCCGAGGCCCCUGGAGGCCGUCGCCAAGGAGCGCGGCGGUGAUGCUGGCAAUGUCAAGGGAUCCUCGAAGGGUGGCCUCAUCGGAGGGGAGGAGGCCAAGUCUGACACCGAAGACAAGAAGGAGGAGGAUCCAAAUGCCAGCCACGGCGAGGAGGGCACAGGCGAGAAGCUCGUAAAGGCUACCGGACUAGCUGCCGAUGGUGGCGAUUUUGAUGCGACGAAGCCUGGCGCUGGCCGCGAGGCAGAUCGUCUCCUAGAUGAGAAGGAUCCCGCCCACGCUGCAGCCAAGGCAUCUGCCAAGUCCGGCGCCGACAAGACCAGUGAUAAGACGAGCGAAUCUCACAGCUCCAGCACCGGCACUGGUACGGAGAAGGAGAAGGAAAGUCUCAAGGACAAGAUCAAGGCCAAGCUUCACCGUCACUAGGAGGAGAUAGGUGUGCCGACUUCUCUUUCAUCAUGACCAUUUUGUAUCAACAACGACUUCUAGCACCAGCGCCGGAACACGACCAUGACGGCUGUUUAAUGACUUGUAGUACCGCAUGAUAAAGUUAAUAAAAUGACCGCAAGACAAACAUUAUUGUGUGA